AUGUCAUUGGUCAGCCCUAUUUGUGGAUCCGCGCACCGGUGUCUCGGUUCCUGGUUCCUGCUUGCUGAAGUGGCGUCCAACCCUUGUCAUGCGCAGACUAUCUCCUUCUGCAGGGCAGUCAAGGGUGUUACCCGAACUACGGCCGAAGACCCUGAAUCUGCUUGCGGUGAUGCUUGCAUGUGCAAAACGGCGGUACACAUGCAGACAUUCCAGGAUUCCGAACAAUUAGCCAACGCAGACCCACAUCCCGCUCCGAUGGACGACGACAAGUUCAUCACGACGACAAGUCCACAUUCAGUUCUCGGCGCGGCCAAGCCUUUCGAAUGUCGAUUCUCCCUCGAAGCAAAAAAGCGUGCGUUUUCACUCUCAACCCCUGACGCUCGAUGGGGGAAUGUACCUCCAUCAAAUUAUCUGACAACAACACUAGGCUACCCACUGGCUCUUUCGCCGAUGCAGCAGCUCCUCAUCAUUAAAAUCUUGAACAAGGAGGCUAAAGAAGGCCAUGUAGACGAUACAAUACAAUUUUUCGUCAACCAGCUGUAUGCCGCAGUCAGUUCUGUCCAUACUCGAAAGAGCGACGCAAGAACACACACCGAGACCAUGGUCCAAUAG